AUGGUUUUGUGGGAUGGAUAUGUGAGUGAUGAAUUGAUGGGGACAUUUGCCCCAAUUGUGGUAUACUGGUUGUACGCAGGGUUUUAUCAGUUGUUGCCGCUUCCAGAUAACUACAGGCUACACACAAGAAAGGAGGAAAGUGAGAAAAAUUUGGUUCCAUUGGCGGUUGUGAUCAAAGGCAUUCUCCUUCAACAACUUGUUCAGGCUGUUGUUGCUCAUUUAAUCUUUUUGGUAACAUCAAAUGCAAGUUCUUCCGGGGUUACAGUUCAGCCUUCUCUUCCUAUUCAGGCAGUGCAAUUUGCUAUUGCUAUUGCUAUGCUGGUCAUGGACACAUUGUAG